AUCCUGGGAUAGUAAACAUGGCCGUCUGAGAUCACAUAUUUGGAAAAAAAUUAGAAAUCCUACAUUUUUGUACGUCUACAAGAAAUUCAAGAGGAGACUUGUGAACAAGGAACAGUACAGGCUCACACCCACCCAAACACACUACUUCAUCAGUUUCUGUUGUCAGUUGGUUUGUGUGAGAAGUAAGGUCAGAGAUGCCAGCCUUACUGGAACGUCCCAAACUGAGUCAGCCCAUGUUGGCUGCACUCAAGACUCACAUCAUGAAGGAACGAGAGAAGAAGAGACAAGAAGAGCAGGAAGCUGACAAGGCUCUGGAGAGGAAACGUGAGGAGGACAGGAGGAGACAGCAGCAGCAGCAGGAGUCCAUGACUCUGGAACAGACUAAAGAGGAGAUUGCAAAGCUGCAGAAGAAGUUAGACACCCUCCAGGAGGAGAAACAUCAGCUGUUCCUCCAGCUGAAGAGGGUUCUAAAUGAGGAAGACAAACGAAAGGCCAGAAUGAGGGAACAAAGUGACAUGGCUGCCAUGGGUCACCACAUCUACCAGUCAGGAAUGCAUCUAGCAGGCGCACAUAUGGUGAUGCCUGGUGUUCCUGUCCAGGCUAGAACCCUGCCAGUGGAACAUGCCAAGGGAGCCAUUUACCAGACCCACACACCUCCUACUGCUUCUCAUGGUGGUGCACUGAAGCGACCGCGAAGCCCCUCCCCUCCCGUGGUGCAGGUCUACCCUCCCCGCCCCUCCCCCCACAGUCAGCACCCUUACGGAGUCAAGCAUCACGCUACCUACGCCCACGACCAAUCACAUCACUCCUACCCUGUCAGCCAACCAAGCCACUACUCCUCCAGCCAAUCAGGACAGCCUGCUUAUGCUGCCAGCCAAUCACAGCAGGCUGCUGCCUAUGCCACCAGCCAAUCACAGACGGCGUACCAAGUCAGUCAGGCCCAGCACAGCCAGUAUGCGACGAGCCAGGCGGCUACAGGGGCGUAUGCUGUCACCCAGGCUGCCACGAAAUAUGCCCAUGGUCAAGCAGCAUACACGUAUCAGUACGCACAGCACAAGCCUGAACAGUAUGGGCAGGCUUAUAGAGUACAACAACCUGGGGACGUGAAGGCUUACCUCCUAGCAACCACGGUGUCCUCUGCCGUUCUAGGUUACAUGCCUCCCCAGCAUGGGACACCCAGUCAGCAGGCUGCAUAUGCUGAACAACAGACCCACCUGCGCGGCAUGGCCCCUCCCCAGGCUGUCCACCCGCAGCAGUCCCAGCAGGCCCUGAUGCCACACCCACAGCAGCAGCAGCUACAUGUGCCACCACAGCACAAGGCAAGUAUGGUUUCUUCAGCCUACCCACCCAGACCACAGACCAGACCUGGAUCACCUGCAGCCUACCAGCAUGCCACUGCCUUCCAGUCAGGUGGGACCAGACACCCCCCUCCCCACGGUACCUACCUACAGCAGACCAGACCUGGGUAUUACCAAUAAUAUACCAGAGCAGAAGGUACUUAAGCCACUUUUAUGUUUUAAUGGGAAUAUUAAAAAUGCAUAUAAUGUGUGUGUGUACUACAGGGAAUGGAGUAUCCAGGUUCUAUUGUGCUUUGUGCUGUGUAAAAAUUGAGGACAAGAUACAAUUUAGAAUUAACUGGCAAGUUUUGCUGAAUUCUUGGACUUGGAUUUCUUGUACAUUGCAGACUUGACAGCACCAAUAGCCAUUUUACUAGAUGGAAUUUGUAGUCGGAUACAGUUUGGUCACUGUACCCAGUGAAUUUACCGUAAAUAUGCCAAUGUCGCUAUUUUAAUAACAAAUGAAUCCUGUACAGUAUGUACUGCCAAAAAUUGAACUAAAUAUUUCUUAUGCUUCAAUAAGAUUACAGCGUUCCUGGCAUUCUUAAACGUAUAAAAGUAUUGUUAACAAUUAGAUGAUAAUGCUUUAAAAGAGCACUUUGUAGCAUUUAAAAAAUUAGAUGUAUACAAAACAAUAUUUACAUUUCAUGUAUUGUAUGUAAUAUCUAGCGUUGAAGUCUAAUAAAGAAAUUAUAAAAACUGCAUGUUAUCUGUUUGACUCAUUU